GGUCGGAAGCACCUGUAUUCUAAAUUGUUAGCAACCAUUCGGAAGGACUCCAAUACACGACAUGUGCUGUAGCUAUUCCAAGCGCCAGUAGACCCUUCGAACUUCUGAACUGCGCAUAGUGCUUCUCACAUUGGCUCGACUGCCUGUGCUCCAUCUUCUAUUGCUGACCAAACCGCGAUGGUGAUACUCCUUCCGAGCGCCACCACCAAAAAUUGAUUGAGCCGCAUGGCAAUAUUCAGGGUCCAAAAGUUGGGGUUAGUGCGUCAUUCUGCCAUUCUGGCUAGUGCGAUCUGCGCCAAAGAAGCCCGAACGGCACGCUCAAAACGAUCGAUGAAAGGGACAGGCCGUCUGACGGUGCAUCGAGCCAAUCAGCGAAUCGCUUCUGCUGCAAAGACGGCGGUCGUGCUUGGUGGCUUCGUCACGCCCCGAAAAGCUGGUUGGUUGGUUGUGCGUGCGGGCGCGGGCGCGGGCCUCAGCUGGUCGCGGCUCUGGCGUUGACGCGCUAAGGAAUCGCUUGAAGCUCGAAAUGUGCCAGCCUCAUCACCACGGCAUCAUUCGCUGCAGAUCCGUCUGGGACGCUGACGCAGGGUCUCCGCUAUCUUUCGCUGUACUAUCGUGCCUCCCUUGUCAAUAUAGUAACCUGUGAACCACUUGCCUUCUGGGCCUCUAUUUGAGAGCAACACUGUCCAUAUCAACGAACCCCAGUCUACAACCUUUUCUUGUCACAAUGUCUGCCCAAACACAAUACAGCAACGCGUCAAAUGGCUACAU